CCAACUUGCCUGGUAGGUUUCACGCGGAAAAGGCAAAGCCAUGUUAGCUGAAAAGAAUGAUUCCAUCUUUGCUGCUGCCUCGGUUGACACAUCUUACUCCAUGAUUGACCAUGGUCCACUGGAAGAAGAUGAUGAGUGGGUGAUAGUUAAAAAACAAAGAAUCACCAUUCUGGUUCCUCCUCCAUCACCUGAACAGCCUCAACCUGAAAUUCCUGAGAAUAACUGCACCCAAACAAAGUCAAGGAGAAAUGUUAGGAGAAGCUCAAAUAUUCAAAAGAAAAGGCGUCAGAAGCAGUGCAAAGAUGGGCUCAAGGAACAUGCUGUCAUCCGUUAUGAGAACAAAGUUUCAGUUGAUGAUCAGCCCAGGGAAGCUGCUGUAACCCCUUGUGAGAAGAGAAUACAGAGUGCUUGUGUCAGAAUGAAACCUCGAAAAUCUGUUCACAACCUUGUUGCUCCACUUGAAAAUCCAACACUCGUUAAUGGUUCUGAUCACAUUUCUGGAAAGCCAUUGUUGCAGCAGCUGUCGUUUGUUCGUGUUCCUGGUGAUGGAAAUGUUGCAGUCCCCAAUAAAACAAGAAUAAUUAGACGCUCGAGAACAAUUGGAGGUGCCCCUAGGCUGCCAGUUGGUGCAUUAAAUGUUGUGAAUCAGCGAAUGCGAGCAUUGAACCUUGAGAGGGAGCUCAAAGGAUUUGGCGGGCUGAGAAACUGGCUGCUGUCUCAGGAUCUUGAUCGAUUCAUACGAAUUUUUGAGAGGGAAAAGCUAGGCGUCUAUCAGUUGGUCAAUCUCACAAUGAGCAAGCUCAAAGACAUGGGAGCCGAUGCAGUUGGACCAAGAAGGAAGCUGAUUCAUGCUCUUGACAGUCUCUGCCACCCCUACUAUUUCAAGGCCUUGCCAUGAUACACCUGGAUUAUAAAAGUAAACGGUCACCAAUUCACCAUCUCUUUUCAAGUUGUUUUCGGCAUUGUUUAAAAAUAAAGCUUCAUAAUUUGGGGUUCCAACAUCAACGUAUUUGGCCCGAGCUUAACGACAUCAGUCACUCCAGUUUCAGCCUAUUAUCUUCAGUACAUCAGUUUCUUAAAAAGCAGCAUAAAGUACGACAGAUUGAUCCUCACGUGGGCGCUUGAGCCACCGGAUCAGACAGAACUUUAGGGUAAAAUGUUUAACAACUUUGGUUUAAUGUUAUUAAAUGUCUCUUUUCAGAUGCUUCACUAAUAAAUCAGAAAACUUGACAGGCUCUUGUAUAUCACAAUUUUAAUGCUUGAUAAUAGAUACGGUUCUGUACA